AUGGAAACGGCAACUCUAACAAGAAUUAACAUGACAGCCCCAAGUUUUACUGCUUCAGUUCCACAAAAGCCUCGAUCACAUUUAUUCACCUGCCUAGCGUGUCAAGUUGCUUUCCCAGUAGCGGACCUUCAAAGGGAACAUUACGGGACAGACUGGCAUCGUUAUAAUUUGAAACGUAAAGUUGCAGAAUUGCCUCCCGUUACCGCCGAAGUUUUUGCACAAAAGGUGUUAGCGCAACAGGUGCAGAAUAGAGAUCAUGAGGCUAAAGCAUCGUUUUCUGCGGCAUGUGAUGCAUGCGGUAAAACGUAUUACUCGGAAAAUGCUUAUGCCAAUCAUUUGCAAUCAAAUAAACAUAAAUUGGCUGAUAUUAAGGCUGCACAAAAUGGGAAUAAACAAUCAAAGAAACCAUUAACAGAAGGAAAUCUUGGUGCAAAUAAUACAAAUAAUACCAAUAAAGAUGUAUCCACCAAUAUGAUCACCGAGGAAACAACAGAUGCUGAACUUCAAGAAAUAAUAGACAAAAAAAUAGCAUCAGCUGUGAAGCUUACCGAGCUGGACUGUUUAUUUUGUGUUCACAAAUCAUCGACAUUCGAAUUAAAUCUUAAACACAUGACUAAAGCUCAUAGCUUUUUUAUCCCGGAUAUAGAAUAUUUGGUAGACUUGCGUGGGUUAAUAAAAUAUCUCGGCGAGAAAAUCACAGUUGGGAAUAUUUGUUUGUUCUGUAAUGGUCGUGGCAGGGGAUUGAGAAGUCUGGAAGCUAUUGAUAAAGGUCAUUGCAUGCUUGCGUAUGAUCGCGAGGAAGAUAUUAUGGAUAUUGUUGACUAUUAUGAUUUCACUUCAAGUUAUCCAGAUGAAGAAUGGGAGGAUGUAGAGGACGAUGAAGAGGGAGAGGAUGAAGAAAUCCUGAUUAAAGAUACAUCUGGUGAGAUUAGUGCAAGAAAUUUAUCUGAAAGAGCCGACGUAUUUUAUACAGAUAAUGAAACAGAAUUAAUAUUGCCGUCAGGCGCACGUAUUGGACAUCGCUCUCUGCGGCGAUACUAUAAACAAUAUUUACGUCCUCGAGAGUCGCGAGAAAAAGCAACCGUGAAUCGGUUGCUUACGGAUUAUUCGCGUGAUUUCGGUUACAAACGCACAUCAAGAACCCGUGAAUCCGGGAUUAUGGUAACACAUCCGGCUAAUAAAGGAGGUGCAGCGACGCGUGUUGCAUUCAAGGAUAAACGAAGGCAACAUGAAUUUGAUGUACGCGUUGGUAUCAAAGCAAAUAAGUUACAGCGUCAUUUCCGCGCUCAAACGUUUUAG